AUGGCGACAGAAUCCCAACUCCAGAUCGUUCCAGGAACGACAUGGACAGCUAUCAACACAGGCCUCCAUAUCCAAGCACACGGCGUGGGAUUUCUCGAAGUCGAUGGCGUCUUCUACCUGAUCGGCGAAGACAAAACCAACGGCACAUUCUUUCAGCAGAUCAAUGCCUAUUCAUCCGGGGACUUAGUCCGGUGGAAACUCGAAGGCCCGUUGCUGACUGUGUCCAAGGACAACAAGGAAGGUGACCUGGACGCUCGGCGCAUCGUGGAGCGGCCGAAAGUCAUAUAUAACGAGCAAAUGGCCACGUAUGUUAUGUACGUGCAUAUUGACAAUGAGGACUACACGGAUGCGCGGGUGGGGGUUGCGACAUGCAAGACUGUUACGGGGACGUAUGAGUAUCGGGGCAGUUUCCGGCCGCUGGGGUAUGAGUCGCGGGAUAUUGGGCUGUUCCAGGACGACGAUGGGGCCGCUUAUCUGCUUACCGAGGAUGUCUACAGCUACGCAUCAUCAAUGUCUGGCCCUUGGUCGCCGUGGAAGGAGUUUGCCGAUGUGGGCUCCAACACGUGCGAGUCCCAAUCCAGCGCCAUCGUACCUUUGAACCAAGAAACGGCCCUGUACUGGGGCGAUAGAUGGUGUCCCUCGAACCUCGCCCAAAGCACAUACGUCUUUCUGCCGCUGGAGAAACGCGGCCACGAGAUCUACAUGCAGAAUCGCGGGUCGUGGGUGCUGGAUACAGCAACGAAAUCCUGGGAAGAAAUGCCGCCUGGGACUGUCGCUCCCAGCCAAGGGCGGGAAAAGGACUUUUCCUGCCACCUGCGCAGCUCUACUGCAGGCUUGACGACAUUGCGCAUAAGGUAUAGAAACCCGUCGGCGAAGAGUCAGCAGGUGGCUGUCGAGGUAAAUGGGAAGCGGCAGACGGUUGACUUUCUACCGACUGGGGCCAGGAAGCAAGGCGUGCAGGAAGAGGGAGAGAGCGUGCUUCAUUGCGCACUGGUUAGCGGAGAUAAUUCAGUCGUCAUCCAGGAUGCGAAGACUGGCCUGGAGAUACUCGGUGUUGGGUUUGUCAAUCUCGCCAGAUCAUGA